AUGAGCUCUGGUUCAUAAAGAAAUAACGGAAACAUUUGUAUUCUCAAAAUCAGCGGCCGUCUCCCUAAGCUUAGGGUUUGGUAUCUGCGCAAUUUUGCGAUUCUAGUCUUCGGCAAAAGGGAUUUGCCUUGGCAAAUUCCCUUCGUUUAGUUUUUUGCUUUGCAGGUUUCUUCGUGUUUGGAUUUGUGGUGUCUAGGCAGAUUGACGCAAGGCACCGAGAGGAGGAUUGGGCUCGGCGCUGGACUGUUGAGUGCGACGAAGAUCCUAGCAGAUUCCUAGUCAGCCUUGCAUUCGGACGUGAGCGGCCAUCUUCUUCGGCAAAGCGGGAAGGCAGAUGGAGGAUUCACACGGCUUGGCAACGAAGAAGGAAACAAUUAGCGGCGGUCUUGCUAUGAGGGCGAGACGAGGAGGAAUGGUCGGGGUUCGCGUAUUCCAGAUUUUGGUCAUCAAUGGAGAAUCAAUUGGUGUGGUACCAAUUUUACGACCUCCUCCUGAGCCACCGCCAUGGUUUGAACAAAAUGCCAGGGUUCGUGAAAGUUUUCCAUUUAGUUAUUAUUUUUUUGCCAUCUGGUCUCGUGUCUACGUUAAGAUUGUUUCUUUUGGUUUUUGUUUUGUUUGGAUUUGUAAGACUCUUGCAUUAGGUUUGGGGAAUGAGAGGUCUACGGUAAUCAUCAUUGGCUGUAUGUUGCCCAAUUUAGGUCUAGCGAGUUAUAUUGCUUUGCCAAAGGUGAUUAACUCAGAGUCUCGGCCAAGGGCGGAUGGUUACAUGUGGUUCUUUUGUUAUCAUGUACCCCUGCUGAAUGCUAUUUUAUUAAUCUAAAGCCACUUUGAUGAUCAAAAAAAAAAAAAAAAGAAAUAACGGAAAGUCGGCAAGGUUCUAAAACUUUGGACCGACCCCUUUCACAAGCAAUGAACCUCUUAUUCCUUUGUAAUUGUAUUAUGCCAUAGAACCAAAUGCGCAAAUCAAAAGGUUCAAUCGACUCAAACUAACUUUAACGUCAACCUUUAGUGUCUUAGCGGUAAGAAUUAAUUAAUUCCUAAGAGGAGAAAC